CAUGGCAAUUGAGCGGGAAGAGCCAACGGCAAUAAAGCCGGAAGAGUGGGGAGAGGAGCUGGGCGCGCCGCUGCCUAGGCGCAUGCGCCCAAUAUGGCCAGCAGCAGCAGUUGGAGCCGGCGCGCUCUGCCCAUGUGCGCGGGGGCGGCGUUGGGGGGCGCGCUCGUCUUGGAGGUCCUGACGGUGCUAUUUCUGCGGCGCAGAGACUACGGCGGCGAAGGACACGAGCGCGAGGGAGGGGGCCGCGUGGCGGGGUCCUUCCCGUUCUUGCAACUAGCGUCGUUGCUCUUUCUGCUCGGGAAUGCGCUCGAGAGCGCGCGUCGCUUCAUCACCGCUUCCCCCAGCACGCGCGGCAUUAUGCUGGCGGGGGAGGGGCAAGGCUGGGACUAUUGCUACUCCUGCCAGUCCCACGUCCCUCCCCGCUGUGGCCACUGCUAUUCCUGCAACGUUUGCGUCCUGCGGCGGGACCACCACUGCACGCUGCUGGGCCAGUGCUUGGGGCACCGGAACUACCGCUACUUCCUUUGCCUGCUGCUGUACGGCUCUGCCGCCCUGCUGUACGGCUGCCUGCUCAACGUCGGCGUGGUGGUGUCGCUCCUCCAGGAGGCCAGCCGUGCCCAGAUGAUCCUGCUGCUGAUUGUCCCUUGGCUCAUGCUGCUGACGGGGCAAGUCGGCAUCACCCCCUUCAUCUACGCCUUUGUGACGGACGUCUGCCUCGUGGGCUUCCUCUUCUGCAUGGGCUUCUUGCUCUUCCACAGCCUGCUGGCUCUGCGUGGACAGACGACCAAAGAGUGGUUUGAGGAGAGCCGCCAGUAUGACUUAGGCUGGCAGGGCAAUCUCCGCGAAGUCCUGGGCGAGCGGUGGCCCCUGGCGUGGCUCCUGCCUUUUGUGGCCUCCCCUCUGCCUGGAGAUGGAAUCUCCUUCCGGACCAAGGGCCCCGCGCCCGAGCCACUUCCCAAAGCACGUGGUCUCUAAAGGUUUCCACUCUGCAUUGUGCCAGGGGAUCCUCUGUGGCAGAGCGAGGCCUGCCUCCACGCAAAAGCGGGUAGCUUUGGAGACGAGCUCUCGGUGUGCUGCCCCUCCCUCACCAGAGCUUUCACUUUUGGGGUGCUGGCGACGUGGAUUCUCACCUGAUCCUGCGGGAGGACCUGUGAUGAGUUGCUUCCGUGGUCCAGAUGGAAGUAGAAGUUGGGAUUUAGCCUUCUGCUUCCUCUCGGUCGGAUGGUUGAUGUUCGGAUCAAAUGUCUUUUGCCUUCUUUCUGAAAUUCCUAGUGAUUUCCCACUGGCUUGCUUCUCUCCGCUGCUAAAAUGUCACUUGGUUGUCCUGGGCUCGAAGGAACGUGGAGGAACUGAAAAGAACCAGUCGGGAAUUGCUGGGAGGACCCCAAGCCAAGUUUUGUCAGGGGGCUGGUGGCUUUGCUCCCCCACUCUUCUCCAUGCCACCUGUGGGGCUGAUCUCCGGUGGCCACAGAGGACAUCCUUUCUGCAGAUGAAAACAGGGCUUGGACUGGGGCAUCAUACGUUUUUGUGGGUGGAAUUCUGUACUGCUAUACGUUUUUCCCUGUGGGGGCAGAGGAGAGAGAGAAAUGAAAUCCAGCCUGGUGCCUCGCUCUGUUGGAGGUUUCCAGUAACUUAAUAGGGCUUUUCUCACAGCUGUUAACUGGAUACGACAAGGGUCCUAUCUGACUUCAGGAGCUGGGUGCACUCCCAUAUCAUUGGUUGUAUGUGAGUUAAAAGUUGGGCCAGAGGAGGGGAAAGUGAUUUUGUGGGAGCCAGGCACAGGGUCUAACGGCAUUUCCUCCUCCUUGAGUACAGGUUGAGUAUCCCUUAUCCGAACUGCUUGGGACCAGAAAUGUUCCGGAUUUCAGACUUUUCCAGAUUUUGGAAUAUUUGCAUACUGUAAUGAGAUAUCUCGGGCAUGGGAUCCAAGUCUAGACACGAAAGGUUACUGUACACUGUGUUUUAUUUUUUGAGGUUUUAUUUAAAGUCCCUAGCGCCCGAGCGAAUGAGCUGAGGCAUUUUGGUUUUUUUGUUUUGUUACGAGGUGUUCAGCCACAAUGAGUCAGUGUUGCGGGCGUACGCCGUGGAGGUUUCCGGAUUUUGGAGCAUUCCGGAUGUCCGGAUUAGGGAUACUCAACCUGUAAUACGUGGGGUAAAAGUGCUGGGUAAGACGGUGCCGUUGGGAAUCUGUGCCCACCUUUCUCAAAUGAACAUUUCCCCCCCUCUUUUGACCUUGCUUUUAGCUCGUGCAUGGUUGAAAACCAGAAGCGUGCACAGCUCCCGGAAGGCCUCUUGUCCUAUCCAGUUAACGGUGGCGAGAAGAGCCCUGGUGUGUAGAGUUGCCUUAUCCUGAGUCAGACCAUAGGCCCAUCUAGCCCCAGCUUGACUGCUCUGCCUGUUCUUGACUUCUCAAGGUCCUUCUCAGCCCUGCUACAGGAUGCCUUUCGCCCGGAAUGCCUGAGAUUGAGCCUUCUGCAUGCAAGGUCGUUAUUCCACCAGGGAGCGAUUGACCCGCCCUAAGUGGGGCGCCCCCUAUUCCCUGAGCAGUGGGGGUGUCAAGGCAUCCUUUGCAGGAAAGUGCUCUGGAUACCUGCGGGGUCUCUUAUCAGCUAUACAAAACCAUGCACACGGAGCAGGUAUUCUGAGUAUGCAGCAGGAGACAGGAGCAGGUGUUCAUGCCGCUGCGGUAUCCCUCCCCGGCUUCCUAGAACUGGAAUAUUCUCUCCGACGGCUGCAGCAUCCAAACUGUUUCCGAGCAAGUCUCUUAGCAACUCCCCUAAAUCGGGCCCGGAGAACGUCGUCCGCCCAUGCACCUUGUGGGUGGUUCUGACUUCGAGGUACAUUCGGCAGUAAGGCAGCUGGUGCAGUAAACAAGAGGAGAGCUGGUCUGGUGGUAGCAAGCAUGACUUGUCCCCUUAGCUGAGCAGGGUCUGCUCUGGUUGCAUAUGAAUGGGAGACUAGAAAUGUGAGCACUGGAAGAGAUUCCUCUUAGGGGAUGAUGGGGCCACUCUGGGAAGAGCAUCUAGGUCCCAAGUUCCCUCCCUGGCAGCAUCUCUAAGAUAGGGCCGAGAGAGACUCCUGCCUGCAACCUUAGAAAAGCCGCUGCCAGUCUGUGUAGACAAUACUGAGCUAGAUGGACCAAGGGUCUGACUCAGUAUAUGGCAGCUUCCUAUGUUCCUAAUGACUGGGCUGUACGCCUUCUCCUCACGGAACUGAGGGGCAGCAUCCAGUUUAGUCAGUCACGACUAAGCUCCGUUGAAAUUGACGAGACAGGUUAGUCUCGACUGACUUGGCCUGCGUUCAUUUCAAUGUUAGUCAUGACUCACUUAGUCUGGAGUUUGCCUGCAGAUUAUUGCAUUUUGAACUUGGCUUAAAUUCCUACUCAUGUGCAGCCUCCAGCCCGUGGGAAGACUGUUUCUCUUUUUCAUUUGUUUGUUUCAGUUUUCCGCCUGAUAUCUUGACCUGCCUUGCGACGGUUUUGUGAGGAUGUAAAAACACUUUGUGGAUUAAAAUGCUGUUUUAAUGCUCAUGUAA